UAACACAAGUGUUUAUUUAAAUGAUGCUAAGGAUAAUGAUAAUUCAAACAAUUUAAGUAAUACAAGUGUUUAUAUAAAUGAUGCAAAGGAUUAUGAUAAUUCAAAUGAUUCAAGUGAUACAAAUUAUGAUGAUAUUUAA